AUGGGUGCAGAACCCACCCUCCGCCCCAUGACCCCCCUCGACCUCCUGCACUUCAACCCCUGCAACCUCGACCACCUGACCGAAACCUACGGCAUCGCCUUCUACCUCGAAUACUUCACCAAAUGGCCGCACCUCUGCAAAGUCCUCGAGUCUCCCAACGGCCAGAUUGAAGCUUACAGUAAUUCUAAUCCCCUCAUCUUCACAUUGACAUCACUAACCUUGGGAUUUCUCGGCAAUAUAGUCCUAGGCAAACUCGAAGCAUCCCCCUACCCCGCCCCCGUCUCCCCCUACGACCCCUCCCUCACAAUCUACCGCAAAAAAUGGCCCAACUACCUCCCCUGGCACGCCCACAUCACCUGUCUCACCGUCGCCCCUUCCGCGCGUCGACUGGGCCACGCCACGCGGCUGAGCGAGGCGCUGGAACGGGUGGGGGAUGAGGCGGACGCGUGGUUUGUGGAUUUGUUUGUGAGGGUGGAGAAUGAGGCUGCUAUACAGCUUUAUAGGAAGAUGGGGUAUUCGGUGUACAGACGCAUAACAGACUACUACAACGACGGCAGCGACGCCUACGACAUGCGGAAACCAUUGAAGCGGGACAAGAAGCGCAAGACUGUGCGGCCAAACGGGGAGAUGAUUAAAGUCGAUCCGAGUGAGGUGUGGUGA